UUACGUCUCGGAUUAAAACUGAAGGUCCAAAAGAUAACUUCCUGUUUGCUUCAUUGUGAUUCCUCUGCUAAUUUCAAGUUUGGAUUCAAUUGGUCCAUGGUGCUGCUACUGGUUUUUAUACAGCUCAAUGCUCAUACAUCAAACCUAACCUAAAAACGACUGUCAAACACUCAUGCCUAAUGUUUGAUUGAAACUAUUAUGUCGAAGAAGGUUUAGAACAACAUAAAUAAUGAAAGAGUUAAUUAUAUUGCAAUACGUGCCAGUAAUAUAAUAUUCAUAUGUAUUCAAAUUUUUUAAAUAUCAAAUAUUGUUCUUGUGCGUGAAAUGUAAUCUACAAAAGUGUUUAUGCCUAUCAAGAAUAACUUUUACUUCCGAUUGAGUGUUCUAACUUAUGACCGAGAUAUUCAAGGAUGGCUGAGGAAGAGGGAAAAAUUGAAUACGUGACAGAGCCUUGCCCCAUUAGACCACGGAGAAUCGGGCCACAAAACAUAGUUGUACGGUUAAAACGUAGGGAAACAUUCGGUUGCCCUUAUGCAGCUACGCACGUGCAUAUUGCCAGACAAUUUUACCAGAAUGUCUUCCCGAAUUUCACGGUGAUGAACGUGGAGAAGCCUCCGUGCUUCCUGAGAAAAUUUAGCCCAGAUGGUCGAUACUUAAUUGCGUUCAGCGCUGAUCAAACAUCCGUUGAGGUUUAUGAAUAUCGUGGGGCGUCCGCAGCUGCUGAUUUGCUAGCAGGUUGCGAAGGAGAAUACAUUGGGCAUAAGAAUGAUGAGCGUAGCUUUCAAAUCAGAAGGAACAUUUUUAAUAGAUUUUUUAAGGCUAAGUGGGUUGUGAACGUAGUCCAAAGCAAUGAGCAAUUGAACAGGGAAUGUAGUCUAUUCACUGAUGAUGGUAGAUAUGUGAUUAUUGGCUCAGCUGCACAUAUCCCAGACGAAUUGAGACCACACUUUUACCAAAUUUACUCCAAUAACGAAGCGCUAACUCCGAAUCCCAGAUCACCACUCGAAGAUUACAGUCUGCAUCUCGUCGACUUGCACGGGGGAAAAUUAUGUGAUACUAGACAUUUUAAAGUGGACAAAAUAUAUUUAUCGCACAAUCAAGGCCUUUAUCUUUAUAAAGACAUACUGGCAGUGUUAUCUGUGCAGCAUCAAACUAUUCAUAUAUUUCAGAUUCUUGAUGGUAUGUUCAUCAACGUCAGAACAAUAGGAAGGUUUUGUUUAGAGGAUGAUGCUUAUUUGAUUACAAGCGCAUGUCCUGGCGUGAAUUGUCGCCCAUUCCGAGACGUUAUGAUAAACAGCCUUAAGCACAAGUUGUUGGUUUAUUUGUACAAAAGAGCAGCAUAUAUCAGUGACACGAGUAAAGAUCCCUAUGAAUUAAGACGCUUUUACCAAUAUUUCGACCAGUUGAACGCGUUGCGAAUGUGGAAAAUGCAAUUGCUGGAUACAAAUCAUAUUCUUGUGAGAUUCGCGAGUGAGGAGGUGGCAACACUUCAGGCGAACGAACCCAAUGUGCAACCGGCGCUUCUUGUCGUUUACGAUAUGGUUUCAGCUAAAAUAUUAGCCGCAUACGAUAACGCGUCCACGCAGUUGUUAACGCACUUCGAAAACUUCAGCGAUUUCUUCAGGAACGCUAGAACGAGUAGCGACUGUCAGUACAUGUGUUCCCCUUCUAAUAAUAUAUACGCAAGAUUAUUGCAGCAAAGAUUUAAGCAGACCAUAGUAAGUGCCAGGUACGGUGGCGUUACGGAAGCCACUAAAAGAUUACUUGCUCAAUUACCGAUAUGCGCUCAGUCUUAUUCCAGUUCACCAUACCUGGAUUUAUCUCUAUUUUCCUAUGAUGAUAAGUGGGUGUCCAUGAUGGAGCGACCAAAGGCUUGCGACGAACAUCCUAUACGAUUUUACGCUCGUGAUUCUGGCCUCCUGAAAUUUCGAAUGUACGCUGGGAUGUUGGGUCGAACGACACCCACAGCUGCGAGACGAUUGGUUGCAUUUACUUUUCAUCCCACAGAUCCAUUCGCCAUUUCUGUUCAAAGGACGAACGCCGAAUACAUCGUCAGUUUUCACGUCAGGCACAUUUAAAUUGAACUUUUGUAUUUCUUUCAAUGAAAAUACGAUCUCCUUGUACAGAGUUUUAGUAAUAAUCAAACCGAACAAUUCUGAGGAAUCAUAAAUGAACGAUCUAUGCACAAUUAAUUAGAAUUAUAAGUUGAAUUCAUUACCUUUAUUAUGAAACAAGCAACUCCAUUUCACGUUGGCCUUACUUCCAUUCGAUAUAAGAUUAUACUUUACUAUUAAUAUUUCAAUGAUGAAAAAGAGUUACGCUGUUUUCAUAAUACACUUCUCAUUUGUUACUAUUUUCAUGUUAAUUUAAGACUGUUAGAUGUAAGAUAAUAAGGCAUUAUAAGGUAUGAGAAGAAAAUGGCUAUAUAUAUACAUGUAAAAUUGUAAAAAGUAAAGAGCGAUUGUAAUUUCGAAAACAGUUUGUACAGUUAUUGUUCGUUUUUUACUAUACUAUGAAUAAAGUAUUAAUUUUCAUUAAA